AUGUUGGUAGGAUUUCUCCUAGUUUGUGCAACAGUGCUUGCAAAGGACAGCGGGAAGGACGGCUGCGAGAAGGCCUCUAACACAGACUGCGGAGAAGAGCUGAAGCGCGCCGGCUGUGCGACCUGCACUGCUGUGGGCCCCAACGGCCAGACGUGCCUCACCUGUAACGGCGGCCAGAAGGUGCAACUCAAUGGAAUAAGCUGCGGAGACAGCUGCCCGUCGAACUCUGCGGCCAACCCGGACAUCUGCGAGUGCAACGAGGGAUUCAACCUGAACAGCGGGAAGGACGGCUGCGAGAAGGCCUCUAACACAGACUGCGGAGAAGAGCUGAAGCGCGCCGGCUGUGCGACCUGCACUGCUGUGGGCCCCAACGGCCAGACGUGCCUCACCUGUAACGGCGGCCAGAAGGUGCAACUCAAUGGAAUAAGCUGCGGAGACAGCUGCCCGUCGAACUCUGCGGCCAACCCGGACAUCUGCGAGUGCAACGAGGGAUUCAACCUGAACAGCGGGAAGGACGGCUGCGAGAAGGCCUCUAACACAGACUGCGGAGAAGAGCUGAAGCGCGCCGGCUGUGCGACCUGCACUGCUGUGGGCCCCAACGGCCAGACGUGCCUCACCUGUAACGGCGGCCAGAAGGUGCAACUCAAUGGAAUAAGCUGCGGAGACAGCUGCCCGUCGAACUCUGCGGCCAACCCGGACAUCUGCGAGUGCAACGAGGGAUUCAACCUGAACAGCGGGAAGGACGGCUGCGAGAAGGCCUCUAACACAGACUGCGGAGAAGAGCUGAAGCGCGCCGGCUGUGCGACCUGCACUGCUGUGGGCCCCAACGGCCAGACGUGCCUCACCUGUAACGGCGGCCAGAAGGUGCAACUCAAUGGAAUAAGCUGCGGAGACAGCUGCCCGUCGAACUCUGCGGCCAACCCGGACAUCUGCGAGUGCAACGAGGGAUUCAACCUGAACAGCGGGAAGGACGGCUGCGAGAAGGCCUCUAACACAGACUGCGGAGAAGAGCUGAAGCGCGCCGGCUGUGCGACCUGCACUGCUGUGGGCCCCAACGGCCAGACGUGCCUCACCUGUAACGGCGGCCAGAAGGUGCAACUCAAUGGAAUAAGCUGCGGAGACAGCUGCCCGUCGAACUCUGCGGCCAACCCGGACAUCUGCGAGUGCAACGAGGGAUUCAACCUGAACAGCGGGAAGGACGGCUGCGAGAAGGCCUCUAACACAGACUGCGGAGAAGAGCUGAAGCGCGCCGGCUGUGCGACCUGCACUGCUGUGGGCCCCAACGGCCAGACGUGCCUCACCUGUAACGGCGGCCAGAAGGUGCAACUCAAUGGAAUAAGCUGCGGAGACAGCUGCCCGUCGAACUCUGCGGCCAACCCGGACAUCUGCGAGUGCAACGAGGGAUUCAACCUGAACAGCGGGAAGGACGGCUGCGAGAAGGCCUCUAACACAGACUGCGGAGAAGAGCUGAAGCGCGCCGGCUGUGCGACCUGCACUGCUGUGGGCCCCAACGGCCAGACGUGCCUCACCUGUAACGGCGGCCAGAAGGUGCAACUCAAUGGAAUAAGCUGCGGAGACAGCUGCCCGUCGAACUCUGCGGCCAACCCGGACAUCUGCGAGUGCAACGAGGGAUUCAACCUGAACAGCGGGAAGGACGGCUGCGAGAAGGCCUCUAACACAGACUGCGGAGAAGAGCUGAAGCGCGCCGGCUGUGCGACCUGCACUGCUGUGGGCCCCAACGGCCAGACGUGCCUCACCUGUAACGGCGGCCAGAAGGUGCAACUCAAUGGAAUAAGCUGCGGAGACAGCUGCCCGUCGAACUCUGCGGCCAACCCGGACAUCUGCGAGUGCAACGAGGGAUUCAACCUGAACAGCGGGAAGGACGGCUGCGAGAAGGCCUCUAACACAGACUGCGGAGAAGAGCUGAAGCGCGCCGGCUGUGCGACCUGCACUGCUGUGGGCCCCAACGGCCAGACGUGCCUCACCUGUAACGGCGGCCAGAAGGUGCAACUCAAUGGAAUAAGCUGCGGAGACAGCUGCCCGUCGAACUCUGCGGCCAACCCGGACAUCUGCGAGUGCAACGAGGGAUUCAACCUGAACAGCGGGAAGGACGGCUGCGAGAAGGCCUCUAACACAGACUGCGGAGAAGAGCUGAAGCGCGCCGGCUGUGCGACCUGCACUGCUGUGGGCCCCAACGGCCAGACGUGCCUCACCUGUAACGGCGGCCAGAAGGUGCAACUCAAUGGAAUAAGCUGCGGAGACAGCUGCCCGUCGAACUCUGCGGCCAACCCGGACAUCUGCGAGUGCAACGAGGGAUUCAACCUGAACAGCGGGAAGGACGGCUGCGAGAAGGCCUCUAACACAGACUGCGGAGAAGAGCUGAAGCGCGCCGGCUGUGCGACCUGCACUGCUGUGGGCCCCAACGGCCAGACGUGCCUCACCUGUAACGGCGGCCAGAAGGUGCAACUCAAUGGAAUAAGCUGCGGAGACAGCUGCCCGUCGAACUCUGCGGCCAACCCGGACAUCUGCGAGUGCAACGAGGGAUUCAACCUGAACAGCGGGAAGGACGGCUGCGAGAAGGCCUCUAACACAGACUGCGGAGAAGAGCUGAAGCGCGCCGGCUGUGCGACCUGCACUGCUGUGGGCCCCAACGGCCAGACGUGCCUCACCUGUAACGGCGGCCAGAAGGUGCAACUCAAUGGAAUAAGCUGCGGAGACAGCUGCCCGUCGAACUCUGCGGCCAACCCGGACAUCUGCGAGUGCAACGAGGGAUUCAACCUGAACAGCGGGAAGGACGGCUGCGAGAAGGCCUCUAACACAGACUGCGGAGAAGAGCUGAAGCGCGCCGGCUGUGCGACCUGCACUGCUGUGGGCCCCAACGGCCAGACGUGCCUCACCUGUAACGGCGGCCAGAAGGUGCAACUCAAUGGAAUAAGCUGCGGAGACAGCUGCCCGUCGAACUCUGCGGCCAACCCGGACAUCUGCGAGUGCAACGAGGGAUUCAACCUGAACAGCGGGAAGGACGGCUGCGAGAAGGCCUCUAACACAGACUGCGGAGAAGAGCUGAAGCGCGCCGGCUGUGCGACCUGCACUGCUGUGGGCCCCAACGGCCAGACGUGCCUCACCUGUAACGGCGGCCAGAAGGUGCAACUCAAUGGAAUAAGCUGCGGAGACAGCUGCCCGUCGAACUCUGCGGCCAACCCGGACAUCUGCGAGUGCAACGAGGGAUUCAACCUGAACAGCGGGAAGGACGGCUGCGAGAAGGCCUCUAACACAGACUGCGGAGAAGAGCUGAAGCGCGCCGGCUGUGCGACCUGCACUGCUGUGGGCCCCAACGGCCAGACGUGCCUCACCUGUAACGGCGGCCAGAAGGUGCAACUCAAUGGAAUAAGCUGCGGAGACAGCUGCCCGUCGAACUCUGCGGCCAACCCGGACAUCUGCGAGUGCAACGAGGGAUUCAACCUGAACAGCGGGAAGGACGGCUGCGAGAAGGCCUCUAACACAGACUGCGGAGAAGAGCUGAAGCGCGCCGGCUGUGCGACCUGCACUGCUGUGGGCCCCAACGGCCAGACGUGCCUCACCUGUAACGGCGGCCAGAAGGUGCAACUCAAUGGAAUAAGCUGCGGAGACAGCUGCCCGUCGAACUCUGCGGCCAACCCGGACAUCUGCGAGUGCAACGAGGGAUUCAACCUGAACAGCGGGAAGGACGGCUGCGAGAAGGCCUCUAACACAGACUGCGGAGAAGAGCUGAAGCGCGCCGGCUGUGCGACCUGCACUGCUGUGGGCCCCAACGGCCAGACGUGCCUCACCUGUAACGGCGGCCAGAAGGUGCAACUCAAUGGAAUAAGCUGCGGAGACAGCUGCCCGUCGAACUCUGCGGCCAACCCGGACAUCUGCGAGUGCAACGAGGGAUUCAACCUGAACAGCGGGAAGGACGGCUGCGAGAAGGCCUCUAACACAGACUGCGGAGAAGAGCUGAAGCGCGCCGGCUGUGCGACCUGCACUGCUGUGGGCCCCAACGGCCAGACGUGCCUCACCUGUAACGGCGGCCAGAAGGUGCAACUCAAUGGAAUAAGCUGCGGAGACAGCUGCCCGUCGAACUCUGCGGCCAACCCGGACAUCUGCGAGUGCAACGAGGGAUUCAACCUGAACAGCGGGAAGGACGGCUGCGAGAAGGCCUCUAACACAGACUGCGGAGAAGAGCUGAAGCGCGCCGGCUGUGCGACCUGCACUGCUGUGGGCCCCAACGGCCAGACGUGCCUCACCUGUAACGGCGGCCAGAAGGUGCAACUCAAUGGAAUAAGCUGCGGAGACAGCUGCCCGUCGAACUCUGCGGCCAACCCGGACAUCUGCGAGUGCAACGAGGGAUUCAACCUGAACAGCGGGAAGGACGGCUGCGAGAAGGCCUCUAACACAGACUGCGGAGAAGAGCUGAAGCGCGCCGGCUGUGCGACCUGCACUGCUGUGGGCCCCAACGGCCAGACGUGCCUCACCUGUAACGGCGGCCAGAAGGUGCAACUCAAUGGAAUAAGCUGCGGAGACAGCUGCCCGUCGAACUCUGCGGCCAACCCGGACAUCUGCGAGUGCAACGAGGGAUUCAACCUGAACAGCGGGAAGGACGGCUGCGAGAAGGCCUCUAACACAGACUGCGGAGAAGAGCUGAAGCGCGCCGGCUGUGCGACCUGCACUGCUGUGGGCCCCAACGGCCAGACGUGCCUCACCUGUAACGGCGGCCAGAAGGUGCAACUCAAUGGAAUAAGCUGCGGAGACAGCUGCCCGUCGAACUCUGCGGCCAACCCGGACAUCUGCGAGUGCAACGAGGGAUUCAACCUGAACAGCGGGAAGGACGGCUGCGAGAAGGCCUCUAACACACAGUGUAAUACUCCCAACUGUAAGAUCUGUGAUAACCCCAAAACAGACAACGAGGUCUGCACUGAAUGUAAUGACGGCGACUACCUCACCCCUACAAACCAAUGCGUACCUGACUGCACGACCAUCAGCGGAUACUACGGAGAUAAUGACAAGAAGUGUAAGGCAUGCAGCCCUGAGUGCGCUGAGUGCGUUGGGCCGGCCAACAAUCAGUGUAGUUCCUGUCCUGCUGGCAAGAAACUGACAUAUACAGAUGACAGCAAUCCUAAUAACGGAGGCACCUGCGGGGAUGCGUGCAAGGUGUCUGCAGAUGGCACUGGCUGUGAGACAUGCGGGGCUCAGAUAGGAGGAACUGCAUACUGCUCAAAGUGCAAGACCUCCACUCAGGCCCCCUUGAACGGCGACUGUGCGGCCAGUUCACGAGCAACUUUCUGUACUAAAAUGGGUAAUGGGGUGUGCACUCAAUGUGAAGAUAACUACUUCCUCAAGGACGGCGGUUGCUAUCAGACAGAUAGACAGCCUGGUAAGCAGGUGUGUAGUAAUGCACAGGGAGGCAAUGGUAAGUGUCAGACAUGUGCCAAUGGCUUAGCAGCAACUGAUGGCAACUGUGCAGAAUGUCAUCCUACUUGUGCUACGUGCAGUGCUCCCAGUACUGCAAGCUCGUGUAAGACCUGUGCCACUGGGUAUUACAAGGAAAACGGUGACGAUACCACUGAUGGCCCGUGCAUGAAGUGCUCAGAGAAGAUCUCUGGAUGCAAGCAAUGUGUGUCAUCAUCUGGUAGUUCAGUCAUAUGCUUAGAAUCAGAAGUAGGCACUGGUGGAAGCACGAACAAGAGCGGCCUCAGCACAGGGGCCAUAGCUGGUAUCUCCGUCGCAGUCAUCGUUGUAGUCGGGGGUCUUGUGGGCUUCCUCUGCUGGUGGUUCCUCUGUAGAGGAAAGGCGUAG